AUGAAUCAAAAGAAUUACGUUAUCAUUAUAGCGUUGUUAUCCGCAUCGGCUAGCAUUAUAUCGUUGAUAGCAUUUUCCACAAACUACUGGUUAAAAGCUACGGCUAUUUUAUCGGAACGUGUAGAGAGUCGUAUAAAUUACGGUUUAUUUGCCGGUACAUUGGAACGACAUCAGUUGGCUUCAACCUUGAAAUUUGACCUUAAAAUCGUUUGCAAUAUGGAUUUGAAAGCUUGCAUGUUCAGUUGCCAACAGGAUCAUCUUAAACGUGAGCGAGAAUUGAAGCGAGUAUAUAAUAAACAAAAACUCGAAUCUUGCGAACAAAAUUUGCCCUCAGACCAGCAAAAGUUUCGUAUGAACUAUGAAAGUUCAACGCAAACAAAUUCUAACACCACUGACAGCAAUAACAGAAUGAAAAAAUCAUAUAUUUCUGCACCGCUUUGGCUCGUCACAGUGCUUUUCUUCUCAGUUGCUCAACUAUUCUCGUUGGUGGCAAUGACUUGCGCUUUAAUUAACAUUAAAUGGCAUCCAAUCGAACCAAUUUUCAAUGUCUAUGGCUUGUAUAUCUGGAAUACAGUUGUGGUCGUUUGUCUUUUUGGGACUUUGGUCUUUUGGUAUGCACUCUACAAUAAUCAUUUGAUCUAUAAUGUCGCCAUAACCGAUACUUUACGUCAGGAAUUGAAUUUCAUAUCGGAUGGAUACGCCCGUUUAGGUUAUUGCUUCUACUUAUUAUUGAUUUUAAUACUUUUACAUAUCAUUAUACUCAUUUUAUUAUGCUAUCGUGCCCAGCACAACGACGCACACGAUUCGCUUCGCUCACACAGAAAUCUGAACAUUAUGGAUGAUGGAGAUGGACGUUUCGAGUUUUACUAGUACUUUUUUUAUACCAUAAAAUGAUCUUAAUUGAAACGAAAAUGUGAUUAGAAAUUAGAAUAAAAAAGAGUAUUCGCCCAAGUGGCCAAGUGUAGGGAAACAAUUUCGUCUAACAAGUCAAUCUUAAGUGCGAGUGAGCGCGAAUGCUUUAAGACUUUAGUCUGAGAAUUUAUUUCUCUGGCCAAAUGAAGAGUUAAUAAUAAAAAUAAAAAUAGAAUAAAAGUCUAUAUAUUAGAUAAUUUAAAAAGUAUUGAGCGUUUUGUUUACGAAGCAAGUAACAAUCACAUGCGAAUAGUAAGAGGUAUAUAAAUUUCAAUGAUCUAAACUGUAGAGGAAAAAGAGUAAAAGAGAAUAGAUGGCCGUCGCUGAUUGGAGUAAACGUUGUUUGCAAGUCCACGUUUGUAGUGCUUUCAGAUGUUCAGCGCAACGUGCUUAGCGCAUGUUUAGAGUUUAAGUUGGCCUUAAGUGCUGCGCAUGGCCAUAAGAAAAGACAUUUUUAAGUGAGAAAUAAUCAAAAAUUGUCUCACUCGUCUUCGUUCCGAAAAUGUCACUUGUGUUUCCAUAAAGUUCAACCAUGAACUGGGCUGUUUGUCCUUGGUCAUGGACCACGAUAGGUUACCAAGAUCAAUAUAUAAAGUCUAU